GUUAUGACGGAGUGUUCAAUAUUUUAGAUAAUUCCAUUAUUGGUUAUUCCAAGGAUUAUUUUCUUUUUCUUGAAAAGAAUAUAACUUCUCUUGAAGAUUUUAUCUUCUUUCUUUUUGAGAAUUGUCCUAAUUUUGAUAAGUUUAUUUCAAUUUAUCAUUAUUACUUUGUGACCUCUAAUCAACACUUUUGGCAUUAUGAUUUCUUUGGUCCUAAUUUCCAUAAUAAUAAGUAUACUCAUUGUUAUACUUCUCUUCAACUUCCAUGUGAGGAUCUUUCAUCAAUUUUUGUUGAUUUGUCUCUUAAGGAUGAUCCUUCUACUGUUAAGGUUCAUUCUUCUAGAAUUUCUCAACCCACUUUAUCUGGGAUUGAUUGUUUUGAUGCUCUUGACCUUUUCCAGGAAUCUUCUGAAAAUUCUGAUCAAGGAAAUAAUUCUGGUCCAGAAAUCUAUUCUGACCAAGGAUGUAUUUAUAUCGAUUAUUAUUCUCGCAAUCCUGACGAGAGUAUUGAUAAUGAUGAUUAUAAUAUCUAUUCUGAUUAA